AUGUUAAAAAAAGUUGUUAAAAGGCAAGUAAAAAUUCAAAGUGUAUCUGAAUUUUAUAAAACUAAUGAGUAUAAAAAUCAACUUUUGAUGAGCCAAAAAAAUUUAGAUGAAAAUUAUAGUAGAAAUGAUUUUGUAUGCCUACCAGAUCAAUUUAUAUGUGCUAAAAAUAAGGGUGUAUGUUAUCAAGGUGUAUGUUAUUGUUUUGAGGGAUACUAUCCAGAUUAUGAAAAAUCUGAAUGCCUUAAAAUAAUUAAUCAAUUUGAGGAUAAAAAAGAAGUUGGUGUUUAUGUUGAGUUAGGUGGUAGUUGUAAACUUCAUAUUGAUAGAUGUUUAGGUGGAUCAUUUUGUGAUCCAGCAACAUCAAUAUGUUCAUGUUCUAAAGGUUCAAUAGUAUCAAAACAAAAUAAUACAUGUCUUCAUCCACCAGGAAAUUCCUGUGCUAAAGGAGAAAUUUGUACUAAUGGUAGUUUUUGUGAUUUUGGUAUUUGUUCAUGUCUACCUUCUCAUCAUAUUAUUAACAAUUUUUGUGUUUUAAAAGUUGUUUCCCUUAAUGGAUUUUGUUUUUCUGGUGAACGUUGCAUGCCUGGAUUAGUUUGUCGUUUUGGAAGAUGUAUUGAAGAUCCUAUUCAUAGAAAAAAAGAUAUUAAAAGUUUUAAGUAUAACAUACCAAAAAUGGGUAUUUCAAAGAUUGGUGAAAAAUGUUUAAUAGAUAAAGAUUGUCUUGGAAAUAGUUUAUGCCUUAAUGGAUUUUGUGAAUGUAAAAAAAAUAUUGAAAUUGAAAUAGAUGGUAUUUGUAAAAAAAUAAUCAAACCCAUUAUUUGCUUAGAUGGUCAGAUUGAAAGUGAAGGAAAUUGUAUUAGUAAUGAGAGUAAAAAAAAUGUUUCAUCAAAUAAUGAAAUUUUUUCAAAAAUUAAAGAACAAGAAACAUCUCGAUUACCUAUUCCUGGUGAAGUUUGUAAUGAUAAAUGUGGUUCUGGAGCAUUUUGUAAUAAUGGAAUAUGCCAAUGUCCCCCAACAUCAGUUGUUGAUUUUUUUGGUCGUUGUAAAUCUAUUUUAACAUCAUCAUCUCAGUCAAAUAAGCAUCGUUCACCAUCAUUAAUUCAUUCAACAACAAUUUUAAAAUCUCAUUUUAAUUCUCUCCCUGGUGAAAGUUGUUCUAUGAAAGAAACAAAUUGCCUUGGUUAUUCAAUUUGUAUAAACUCAAUUUGUUCAUGCCCUGAUGGCAAAGUAUUACAAGGUAAUGUAUGUUUAGAGAGAGGAAAACAUUUUCCACAAAUUUUAAUUAGGAAAUUGGAGUAUGAUGAUAGAGUAAUAAAUGAAGGUGAAGUGGAAUGUAAUGGAAAUUCAGAAGAUUACGAUACUAAUAUUGAAGAAUUUUCUUGUCCAGGUGGAAUGAAGUGUUUUAAAAACAAGUGCCUUUGUGAAAUUGGUUAUACAUUAAUUGAUGGUGAAUGUAAAUUGAGUGAAGCUAGAAGUGUUAAUGAAAAUGAAGAGUGUGCUUAUACUAUUCAAUGUGUUGAUAAUUUAACUUGUCUUAAUGGAUUCUCUACUGAUCGCUUAAUUUCCCCACCUGGAGGAAGUUGUGGAGAUGAAGAAACCUGCACUGGUGGUUCUAUUUGUAAAAAUGACUGGUGUGUUUGCCCUGAAAUAAAUAUGAUUGUUGUUAAUGGUUUAUGUUUAACUUCUGAUAUCUUAGCAUCAACAAAAGUUUUUGAAGUUCCAACUACUAUACAAACUCCACAAAAACAGAAUACAUUUACAUAUAAUCAAAUAAUUCCACAAUAUAAUAUUAAACCAGCACCUAUAAAUAGUCAACCAUCAAUGACACAAGAUUUACCAACUUUUGCUGAAACAAUUCAAAAAAAAGUUGAUAAUCAACAAAUUCAUGAAUCAAAAUUAGGUGGAAGAAAAGUUGCUCCAGGAAUGAAUUGUGGUCCACUUGAUAUUUGUGUUGGAGGAUCAUCAUGUUUUGAUAAUUAUUGUGUCUGCCCAACAGGAAUGAUUGUAGAUACAAGUUCAGGACGUUGUAUAACUCCAGAUGAUAAUGAUGAAAAUAUUGCAGAAAAUAAUACAGGUACAUUAUCUUAUUCAAUAUAUACUUACAAGAAUAACAAUAUACCUAAUGAUAUAAUAUUGAAUAAAAAUAAUAACAAUAUUAACAAUAAUAAUUUAUCAAAUAACAACUUCAAUAUUAAUAAUAAUUCAAUUGAAAAUAAAGCUAAAUCUUUAUUAACAGAAAAUAUAAUACCAUUACCAUCUUCACAAUUAUAUAUAAUACGUCGUCCCUCUUCUUCAUAUAACUCAUUAACAACAAGCUUCUUAUCAUCUAUGCCAGGAAUUGAUAUACAUGAUAUGAUGCCAAAAAUUAUAAAACAUAAUACUACUAUUAUAGAUGAUAAAAUAUCUAAUCAAAAUACUAAUACAAAUGAUUCAUUAAAUAAUAAUAAUAUUAACAUUAUACCUUCAUUUUCAAAUAUAUUUUCAAAAAUUAUUUCUAACAAUAACAAUUCAUAUUUUUCUCCAGAAACAACUAAAGAAAAUAAUAUGGUUAUGACUAAUGAACUUAACAAGGAAUCUUAUAUUGGUGAUAAAAUGAACUCAUAUUCUAAUACAAAUACUAACAAUAAUAAUAAUCAACCAUCUACAAUAACAUAUUCAUCCUCUACUUCUAAUGAUGAUGAAUGUAUUAUUAAUGGUUUGAUAUGUCGUGGUGGUGCUAUUUGUGUUGAUGGAAGUUGCCAAUGUCCUAAAGAUUAUGUUCUUCUUAAUGAUAAAUGCCUUCCACCAAUUGGUAGAAGAUAUUCACAAAGACGAGGAAAACAAAAUAAAUUUUUUGAGGAUAAUACAUCAUUACCAAAUGAAUCAUGUGAUAAUGGUGAAAUAUGUUUAGGAGGCUCAAUCUGUCAGGAUGAGAAGGUAUUUAAUAUGACAAAACUUUUCUUAACCAACAAGAUUUGCCAAUGUCCAUUAGAUAAAAAUGAAAUUGUUGAUGGUGUAUGUGUAGCUAAUGAAAUAAAAGAGAAAUAUUAUGGUCCGGGGGAGGAAUGUUCUAUUGAAAAAAAAUGUACAAAUAAUGCUGAAUGUUAUCAAGGAAUAUGCCGUUGUGUAAAUGGAUAUAUAGCAAUUUCAAGUGAUUGUAUUCAAUUACCAACAGCUCAAUCAAAAUCAAUAACAAAUAAUGUACCAAAUUCUGGUGAUUCAAUGCAAACAAUAAAUUCUGGAUAUGGUUCAUCAGGACAUAUAGAUCAAACUGAGAAUGAAAAAUUAAAACCAAGAUUUGUGGCACCAACAAUUCGUAGACCAAAAAAUAAUGUACGUAAAACAAAAAAUGGUGGAGUAAAUACAAUGAGUGGUGAGGGAACCUGUCCACCAGGAAAUUCUCCAACAAGAGAUGAAUCUACUAAUCGGGUAAUAACAUGUAAUGGAAUGACACCAAAUUGUCCACCAAGAUCAUAUUGUUAUGUGACAGGGCAUGCAGAUGGAAAUUAUAAUUGCUGUAAAUCAUUUUAA